AUGGGCGACGUCUACGCCGGCGGGGUCUUUAACAUCACAGCCGUGGACUGUCAGAAUUCUGACGGGGACUUAUUUCCGGCACAAAGAGACACUCUGCUUCCAGUACUACCGACUAGAGGGGGCUCGAUACAUACGGGCAGAAGGGUCGGGCUGCCGAAGCAAGAAUUCGAGAGCGAGAUCAUCUUUUCCGAGCUCUUGUCUCGGGCUUGGGUUUAUCAGGAAGUCCUUCUGGCCCCUGCAAACCUCUUCUGCACAACGGAGCAGAUGUGGUGGUCUUGCUCUGGCGGCACGUUCUCCCAAACCUUCCCGGAAAGCAUCCAACAAUUCCACACUGCGAGUUCUGUCGAGAAAUCCUUCUCCAGUCUCAGGAGAGAAAUGAGUUCCCUCAAUUCCAUGGUCACUCCUGUGAGCGUCGUAGUUGGAUGGAUGAACAUACUUGAGUCGUACACAAACACCUCAGCUACACGCCCUGAUGACCGUCUGGUAGCAAUCGCAGGACUAGCAUCCGCCUACCAAUCCUGCUUCCCGGAGGUCUUGAGGGAGGCCACAUAUCAUUCGGUUAUCUGGUCUCACGAAAUAUGGCGCCAACUCCUCUGGGAAGGCCGGGCCAGACCUGAUGCUUCGUUUCCAUCGUCUCGGUUCCCAACAACCCAUCCAAUGCCUUCGUGGUCCUGUGCCAGCUAUAACGGUCCGAUUAAAUACCAGAGGACUGAGGACAGGUCGAUGCUGCCCGUCAAACUCAUCAACCUAGAAAGUUCUGGCCUGGACAAGUUCGGUCGCGCCACAAGCUUGGACCAGUGCACCCUUCACCUCCGCGGGGCCCUGGUUCCGAUGACCUUCAUUCCUCCAGCUACUUCUUCCAGCUCCACGCAUGGUCACACUCUUCAAGCUGUUCUUUUCCCGACUGGAUAUAAGGAUGCCAGAGUGGACGUGGCUUGGGAUAAUAGCGAAGAACUCGAAUCGGCCGCUCGUGUUGCGUCUACAAAGAAGGACUACGUCCGAGCCGUGCUCCUCCAAUGCCAUCCGCGACAUGGGACCAUCCUUGGGCUCCUCCUGCGGCCUUCUUCCAGUUCAAAGAGCACCGGGGGACUAAGAAAAUGGGUCCGCUGUGGUCUCGUCAAGAAGUUUGUCAACCCUGGAGAAUUCGAGUACUAUCAGCUCGCUUUUCGUGUAAGCAGGUACGGGGAGACCUUUCGACGGGAGACACCAGACUAUGGCCUCAAAUCCCCUUCGAUGUCGUUUGCGGAUUCCCUCUUUCGCUCAAAUGUGACGACCCCGGUUAGGCAUAAGCCUCCCGGAGAUGAUGCAGGAAGGAAGGACAUUUGGAAAAAGAGACUGAGUAGCGUCAUAAUGGAUGAUAUCUAUAUGGUAUAA